CCCGCCCCCCCUCCGAUCUCACAACAGCAUCAUCAACUAAACAAUGAACCCCCCACCCCCCGAAUCCCCUCCCCUUUCUUCUCUUUCUCCCCCUCUCCUCUUACACCCCUCCCAAAAAGCCGCAAUAGCCCACAUCCGCUCCACCACCCUCGCGCUCGCGCCCGCCGCGACGCAAACAAUCCACCACAUCCUGCGCAUGUCCAACCUACUUCCCCCCGCCGAGAUCCACGCCGCCCUCCUCUCUGCCAUAGUAACCCAAGCCAGAGUCGCACUGCAUUUCCACCCCGACCGUCCCGUGACACCCGUGUUUGCCGACGGAAAAAACAAAGACAAAAACAAUGAAACGAUCGCGCAGUCUCUCCUGGACGACGGCGUCUACCGCAACCAGUUCGAGACGGGCGUGUCGAACGGGAGCCUGAGUGCUUUCCGUGGCGGGGUGAGGGAUUUGUGGGAGAGGGAGUUAUUCGGGGGUGCUUAUCACAACCACAAUCAUCACCACAGCCACAGCCACACCCAAGAGGAUGAACAGGGGGAUACUAGUAGUAUUGGGUGGAGGGGAUUGAGGCCGAAAUAUGGAGCUCUGGGUCUGUUGGGCGGUGGGACGAGCGACGACGGGCCGGCGCCGCGGUUCGGGUCGUGCUACCUCGUGCUGAAGCGGGAGGUGCUCGCGCGGUGUACUUUCACGUUUGGCGGGUCGCAGGACCUGCCCCGCUGGCGCGGGACGGUGGAUUGUUUUGAUGCGGUGCUGGCUGCGGUGCUGGAAGAGGCGUUUGUGAGGGAAUCCGUGUUGGGGAUGCCAGGGGUGGUGCGGCCGCCGGAGCUAGUGCGGCGGGUUCUGGAUGGAGGAAGUGAGGGGGUGAGGGAAGGGUUGAAGAUGAGUCGGAAUCUGGAUCAUUACAUUGAGGCGCAGAUUCAUGGGGAGGUGAGGCUGGAUCGGGAUGUUGAGAUUCUGGUGGCGGAUCCUUCGUUUCAGGAAGGGGAAACGGGGGGGGACUUGAUGGCUUUGUCGGAGAGGUUUGGCUUCCCCCUGCGCUGGCAUGCCGGGUCUCAUAUCGGCGUAGCGGAAGUCCCAGCGGACUUUCGGGGACCAACGAUGCCGUCGCUCGCGGCGCGCGUGGCGAGGGAUGGCAUUGUGGACGCGCGAGCGAUCGGGGAUGCUGUGCGGGAGCUAAAGAGGAACCCUGAUACGUGGAGGGACAGGGGCUCGUAUGAUGAGGUUUUGCAGGAGCUAAAGUUGCUGUGGCAUGUGCUUGUCCGUUAUGGGAGAUCCCCUGGCACUACUACUAGUAGUACUACCUAGUCACGCAGAGCGCCGGGGGUUUGAAUGAGAAGCUGCUAUAUCAGUUACCGACCGGCCGGGUUCAACUCUGUAUCUGCGGAUACUAGGGUUGUUCACGGUCCCUUUCAUGCGUACAACCUUCAUCCCAUCGAUCCCUGGUGCUUUCAGUCGUCCUUCCUACAACCAUUGCUUAUUCCCCAAGUGAGACACAAAGGAGCCGCCAUCUCCUUUCUCUACACUGGCUCUUUCCCA